AUGUGCGGAGACGCCGGGGAACCUCCCGGGGGCUUCUCUCGUCUGCGCCGAGUGCGCCCCGGCUUGCAGCGCUCGUCCCGCUGGGGAGCUGGCACCCGGUCUCUGCGCAUCUCGGAUCCCAGCCCUUGGGGCUCACUCAAGCCGAGGGGAGCUGAAGCGAGAGUGCUUGGGGUUUACUUCCCCAAAGUACACGGGCCCCACCUUGUGGAUCAACCGCCCCUGUACGGACAACUCAUCUCCGCCCAACGGAAGGCUGAGUCGCGGUUAUAUACGCCGGCGGCGGAGCACGCGUGUGUGCGGACGCGCUUGCGUGAGGGGUUUCUGUCACCUUCCGUGCCGUGCAGCAGAGCUUGUUUCACGCCCGCUCAGCCGCGCAGAUUUUAUGGAAAGAACUCUUCCUAUGUCCACGGGGGAUUGGAUUCAAACGGAAAACCUGCAGAUGCCGUCUACGGACAGAAAGAAAUUCAUAGGAAAGUGAUGUCACAAAACUUCACCAACUGCCACACCAAGAUCCGCCACGUUGAUGCACAUGCUACCCUGAAUGAUGGUGUGGUGGUCCAGGUCAUGGGACUGCUCUCUAACAACAACCAGGCUUUGCGGAGGUUCAUGCAGACGUUUGUCCUUGCUCCUGAGGGCUCAGUUGCAAAUAAAUUCUAUGUUCAUAAUGAUAUCUUCAGAUACCAAGAUGAGGUCUUUGGUGGCUUUGUCACUGAGCCUCAGGAGGAAUCUGAGGAAGAAGUAGAAGAGCCUGAAGAAAGGCAGCAGACGCCCGAGGCUGUACCUGAUGAUUCUGGUACUUUCUAUGAUCAGACUGUCAGCAAUGACCUGGAAGAACAUUUAGAGGAACCUGUUGCUGAGCCAGAACCUGAUCCUGAACCAGAACCAGAGCAAGAACCUACAUCUGAAAUCCAAGAAGAAAAGUCUGAACCUGUUUUAGAAGAAGCUGCUCCUGAGGAUGCUCAGAAGAGUUCUUCUCCAGCACCCACGGACAUAGCUCAGACAGCACAGGAGGACUUGCGGACAUUUUCUUGGGCAUCUGUGACCAGUAAGAACCUUCCUCCUAGUGGAGCUGUUCCUGUUACUGGGAUACCUCCUCAUGUUGUGAAAGUACCAGCAUCACAGCCUCGUCCAGAAUCUAAACCUGAAUCUCAGAUUCCACCACAGAGACCCCAAAGGGAUCAAAGAGUGAGAGAACAACGAAUAAAUAUUCCUCCUCAGAGGGGACCCAGACCAAUUCGUGAAGCUGGGGAGCAAGGUGAUGUUGAACCUCGGAGAAUUGUGAGACAUCCGGACAGCCACCAGCUCUUUAUUGGGAACCUGCCUCAUGAGGUGGACAAAUCAGAACUCAAAGAUUUCUUUCAAAACUAUGGGAAUGUGGUGGAGCUGCGCAUUAACAGCGGUGGGAAGCUACCCAAUUUUGGCUUUGUCGUGUUCGAUGAUUCUGAGCCUGUGCAGAAGGUCCUUAGCAACAGGCCCAUCAUGUUUAGAGGUGAAGUCCGUCUGAAUGUGGAAGAGAAGAAGACUCGUGCUGCCAGGGAAGGGGACCGUCGAGACAACCGCCUGCGGGGACCUGGAGGUCCCCGAGGCGGGCUGGGUGGUGGCAUGAGAGGCCCUCCCCGUGGAGGAAUGGUGCAGAAGCCUGGCUUUGGAGUAGGAAGGGGGAUUGCUCCGCGGCAGUGAAUCGCUCUUCACCCAGCUCCACCAAGAGAACCCAGCUCCUGUGGACCGGUGAAUUUCUUCAGCGAGCCUUCGGUGGCUGGGAGUGUGACCCCAGUCUGUUAUAAACUGCUUCAGUUUGUACAAUUUUCCUUCUUUUGUGUUGAUGGUGUGUGCCCCCUUCCUUUUUCCUCUUUUCUCUUGGCCUUUCAGUCCUUCACUUCCAAUUUUGUGGAAUGGUAUUUUAGGAGUGACAGAUUUUUAAAGAAGAAAAAAAGACUGAAUUUCCUUGCUUACUUUGCAUACACAGACUGGAUUUUUUUUUUUAAACAGCCAUUUCCCCAAAGGAAUGUGUCACUUAUUACUGACAUUUGGUAUGUUUCAUUCAUUGGAAUAUUUCUUACUUAUUUUUUACGUGUUUCAAAAGCCUGUGAGAAGUACAGGAUUUGAUAAACAUUAUGGAGGAAGGAAAAAUCCAAAUUGCUUCUUGACGCGUCAUGACUCUUCCGAUGUUGAAAAAUGGUCAUAUGAGAAAUUUGAAAACUAUUCUCACUGAUACGGUUGGAAGCCGAAUAAGUGGUGUUAAUAGAACUUUUCUUUUGAUACUGAUCACAAAGCAGUUCUAAAACCUACUGUUUUUAACUAUUGAAAUUUAAAUUGUAAGAUAGGUUUGAAUGUCUAGAAUGCAAUUGAUAGACUUUUCUUGAAUUGUUAUUUUUUUUCUUGAAGUAGAAUUUUUCAUUUGUAUUUGUUAAAAAAAAUGAAAAAGAAAAAAAAUACUAACCCCUCAUCUGAAUAACAACCAGAACAAAACUGUUGUGCCUUCUAUUUAUCUAAGAUUCCACUCUUGGCAAUUGUUUAAAGAAAAAUAAAUCUAGAUUUGUUUUAUUAGAUUCAGAGAUACAAGGAAUUGUAGACUCCCUCUUUCUUCACCUUGUCUGACUUCUGUUAACACUUGUUAUGCCUUAUUCUAACUUGAUUCUCAAACUGGAAUGCCUUUCAGGACAGACGUUUCUGUAGAGGUUCCUUGACCCAAAUAGCUGAGCGUUUGUAUUAAGUUUUAUUUUGGUGUCUAAUCAGAUUCCUAAUCAUAGUCCAUGAGAAAGAAUGUGACUUUAACAUUGGACUUAGCUGAUGUGCACAAGUGUCUGCAGUUUAUUUUUUUUAAAUCAUAGCCAUAUGGUAAAUUUCCUAUUUUGUUAUGGUUCUCUUUUAUUGAUGGGCAUGCAGUGGGUGUUUCUUGGAAAUGGCCAAUUUUUAUUAAAAUAUUUCUGGAAGAAACUUUAAUCUGGCAAUAUAGACUAAUAAUACUCAUUUUACAUAGUAAUGCUAUUUGUUGAGUGUUGUGUGUGAGGUGGGUGAAGAUUUUAUUUACACAUGUGUGAUGAAAUAAACCUGUUGUGUGCUAAGUUGUCAUUACUAAUCUGAGGACAACCAGGUUGGUGGAAUUUGACUUAUUUUCUUAUUAACAGUGUUUAACUUUAGGAUUGUCAUUUGAAGGUAGCAUGAGCACAGAAAUAGAAGUGAUUAGUUUUGCUGUUAGUGAGAACCUGUAGGCUUGCUGUGAAUGGAUUAGCUAAAACUGAAAUGAAGUGUAACUUAAUAGUUUGGUCCUUGUACCUUAAGUGUCCAAAUAUUAGUAGCAUCCCCUUCAUAUAAAGAAAACUUAGUAACUCAAGUCACAUGGCUGUGGUUGGGGGUCAGUUUAAAUAACUUGUGACCAUUUCAUUUGGCCCAUACCAGUGAUAGUUAGAAAGGUUUCAGUUUGUAUCUCUGUAGCUUAUAUUAAGCUUGUGGUAAAAUGAAACAUGUUAGCCUGAGACUGAGUGAGUGUGUGUGUGAGUGUUACUGUUAGUAAUUACCUUUGCACUGAACUUUCCCCAUCCAUUUUAUUUUUUAUUUUGAGGUAGGUUCUAAGUGGCUAAGGUGCUCAGGCUAGGCUUGAACUUGAUCCUCCUGCCUCAGCCUCCCAGAGUGCUGGGAUUUCAGAUGGGCACCAAAGCCAUCACUACACUGGCUGUGUGCUCCUUUUCAAAAAAAGAACUUCGAGGUCAUAAAUUACAAUUUAGAAAUUUUUCUCAAUUUACUACCCAACUGGAUUUUUCCCCCCUGUUUAUUUAAAAGAGAUGCACUCUAGUGAGAGGUUUAAGGGCACUAAUAAGAUGUGGUAUUAACCCACAUCCAGGAGGACAUUUCCAGGUUCGAGGUUCGGAGGGUUGUGGGGAUACCACACCAUUGCUGAUGUGCACUGGGUGGGGACUGAGAUCCCGGUGUUGGGUGUGAAUGAAGCUGCCCCACCUGUGAUGCUACUCCUGUGGGUGGAGCAGAGUGGUGUGGUGGGGUCGGGGCUGACAGGAGGAAGGUGGACUCUCCUGACAUUGGGCCUCAGAUAAUUAGGGAAUGUACCUAUCUAUUAGGAAUUACUCUAACAUCUGCACUAAGAAGCCGCCCUUCCUGGUACUUGUACCAAAUUGUGAGUGUGCCUGGCUGUGCCCUUAUAUGCGCACACACGUGUGCAUGUGUGUGAAUGUGGGGAGGUGUGGCACUCUGCUAGACGCUGCUAUAACUGGCUAUAGGGAACCGCUGCUGUGUCAUCUCACACACGUUGCCUCAGAAACAAGUCCUCAGAAUUGGCUUGGUUGUAGGGUUUUGAAUACUGUUGGACUGGGAGGUGGGAUUUAACUUAUGCGCAGUAUGAGUCCUAGCCCCCUUGCUUAUGUUACUGCAUGUAGGCAGAGCACGGGAGCGCAGGGAGGCGUGCCUCCACACAGCGUGGAAGUGGAAUGAGGCGACACUUUCUGUAAGAACAGCAGAUGGUCACAUGCGGUGUUUUCAGGUUUGCAAGUACAGAUGCUCAUCUGUAGCAUUGUUAGUGUUCUCUGCUCCGAGCUUCAAACCCUUGACCUGUGAGUGUUUUAACUAGAUCAGCUUAGUUUGGUCCAGUGGAUCUCAAAUCUUUUAAGAUCUAUUUGACAAGAAAUCAUCUUAGCCUACCAAAAAUACUUUUGCUUUCGAAGUGAGGUUAACUCUGAGGUUUUGCCUAGGAAUGGUGAAAAGGAUAAUCCAAAGUAAUUACCUAGCUUAGGUUGAGUCAGUUACUGCCCCAGCAUUAGUUCAACUGCACUUUAGGAAACCAUUCUCAAGCCUACUGGGUAGAGUAAUGAUAUUACCACCAAAGUAACAGCUGAAGAAAUGGCAUCAGAACAGUUACGUGAGCAGGCCUUGACGUCAUCCACACAGCCCGGAAAAGGUGGCCCUUAAAACUGUUGCUUUUUCUUUAGAAUCACAUUUGGGUGACAUGAAUAGUGAAUAGGGUAUUUAGGGUAUUCCUUUUUUCCCCCAUUAGACAGGAUCUCGCUUCAGACUGCUGCCUCUCACAGGUUAUAGGUGCGCUUCACUGUCUGUCUUGAGCAGGCUGUCCUAUAACAAAGUUACUGUAGAGAGACCUGAGUCUGAACUCGGAACAAGUUUAGUUUUUCUGGUCUUCAGUUUCUUCUUUUUUUUGCAGAACCAGGGAUUGAACUCAGGCCCUUGUGCUUGCCAGGCAAGUGCUUAUUCUACUGAGUUAUCUCCCUGGUCCCUGUUCUUCAGUUUCUUGAGAGCAAGUAAGUCUUUAAAAAAUUUUUUAAAAAAUGUAUUUGGUUGUUUACAGGGUCUCACUAGGAAGCUCAGACUCUAGUGAUCUUGUUUUCAGCCUCUUCAGCCCUGGGAUUAUCGGUGUGUGCCACCACGCCCUGGAUUUUGGCAAGUUUAGCCUGCCUGGGGGCGUGGUGCAGCAUGGCUUGUGCUGGGGAUUGAACCGCAGUCCCUGUGCUUACCUAAGCAGGUGCUUUAGUCCACUGAAUUUGUGUUUUAUCACAGGUCUCCUGCUGUUUGUCAAACCUAUGUGGUAGCAGUGGUUUCUUAAGAUUGUUUUCUUUAUAGGGUUUACAAUUUAGUACAGAUUAGAAAUUUGGAUGUGGGUGAUCACAGUAUUUUUUGUUAUAAUUCAAGUGAGUUUAAAGUUAUGUUUGAUACUUAAUAAAACUACCACACCCUGAUAAUUUUGUGUACAAACUUUUGGGAAAACCCUUGUUGAAAUUAGUGAUUUAGUGGAAAAGGGUUGCACUUUAUAGAAAGCAGUUAGAAUCUCUGAAGUUCAGAUUUGUAGACCACAAUUUAUGUUGAGUCAGUUCUACAGUUUUGUCAUAUCGAUUUGUUUCAUUUUUGUGCUAUUUAAAAGCAUCUGCAGAACUGCAUGCAGAUAAUUGUUGACUCAGCCUUUUUAACCUCCUAAAGAGGGAAUAUCAAUAUUUAUUUGAAUGUGGGCUGUUAGCUGACUACCAAAUGUACCAAAAGUAGGCAGUGGGCAGAGAACCUUCCACAGUAUUUUUAAAAGUAUUUAGGCAGUGUCUGUGGGAUUAGGGUAGGGUAGAGCUACUUGUCCCCCAAGGGCUGUGUGACAUUAGUUGAUAACCAAGUUGAGUGGUUCUGUGUUUAAGAAGCCUUUGGGUUUCUUUAAAAAUGCCUUCAGGGUUUGUAUUUGUUCCCUGUGAAGUUCGGGGACCAUUGGCAGGCCGGGGACGUGUGUGAGAGGAACAUUGCUCUUCUGGCUUUUUCCUCAUGGAUCUGUAGCUCAGGGCAACUGACAUUCCCUAAUAGUCACAGAGCGCGCCCUGGGUGACUAGCCGACCCGGAAGGCGCCCAGACCCUGUAAGCAGUUUCGACUCUGAUAACUUUUUUGUGUAUUGGCUUAGAAUUAAGGAAGGUUCAAUUUUCAAGGUUAAUUUGGCUUGUUUUGAAAUUUUAUGAGUCUUUUUCCUUUUCCUUUUGACUUGAACCUUGUAACUUUUUUAGGUUUGUGUAAGUAAGAAUAAUGCUGGGAAACAGUUCCCCCUGAAACUUACAAACUCUGAUUUGGCAGCUACAGAAAGAAAUCUGUGAGUUUAGUACUUUGAAAUAUGUCUCAGAUUUGUAAAGGAUAUGCUACAAGUGACUUAACUCCUCCCCCAGGUAAAUUAAACAUCUUUGCCAAACAUUCAUGGUGGGAGUACUUAAGUAAUUUUCAGAAGCCACCUAUGGGACAUUUGCUUUGGUAGUGAUUAUCAAAAGGGGAUACCUGUUUAAUAAUAUAGAUAGGAAAAGUUUUUGCUAAUGCUGUAAUUAAAGCCACUUUGGUUACUGGUUCUUGCUAAGCUUUGAUAUUACCCGUUUGAUAUUACCUGUUUGACUUUCGGAUCUGUUUACAUUUUAAAAUUUUGUAAUGUGAAAGUACACUGAUUGUGUACUUUUAAAUGGAGACGUGAUGCCAAGAAGCAGCAGAAGGACCUAGGGUAGAAGACAUUUUCUUCCCUUAACAUUUAGUGCACAUUAUCUCAAGUAGCUGUAGAGCAUUUCAAAUAUUCAUGUGUAUGUCGAAGUGACAUUUUAAAAGAUUAGGGAUGGAGGUAGGAUUUAGCCGAGAGAAUAGGAGUUCAUGAUUUAUAUGGAAAGAAAAAAAAAGUGUAUUUUGAGAAAAAUCAGGUAUUUCCUUAAAGGUUUCCUUUCCUUUCUGAUCAGUAUCAUGGUGGGCGGGAGAGACACCUGGAACUUUUCAGGCAUAGAUUGCUAAUGCUGGAAGGGAUUAAGAGGUGGUUGGUAUAACCUUUGCUUUACGAGAGCUGUAUGAGUGGCUCAGAGUCCCAGAUCUGCUUUAUAGAAGAAAUGUGGAGUGGCUAGGUUCCCUGUAGGAAGGCCAGGGCUGCUAAAAAUCAGGACGUGGAGAGAGAAGGGAAGGCACCAUGAUUUUAAUGUUUACCAGUUCAUUCUCUGAUAACAUUUUCAUACCCACAUUUUCUGUUUUUGUAGGACUGUCUUAAAUGCUCAGCUCUACCAGAGCUUGUUGUCUAAGGACAUUAACUUGUACUCCCCUCAGGGAUGGGUUUACUACUAGCUCUCAGAAGGCUAUUGAGUAUCCUGAUGUUUUUAUAGCUGAAACUCAGCUGUAAUUUUCUCCUGAAUACUGCAGUGUUUUGUAUUCUGUACAUUGUGGUGCUUUUCCACCUUAUAACUGUAAGCUCCUAGGGGGCAGCAAUUUGGUCUUAGCCUGGCAGCGCCAUGUAUGUAUCUGGGUCCUAAUAUUCCUUUCCAGGUAUUUCUCUCAUUCUUCGAGGAAGUGAUGCUUCAGCACGCCCAACCACUGGUGGCCCUCCAGUGCUGCCCUUGCUGAUUCCGUGUAUCCCAGUGCCUUCUCUUUUCUGAAGACAGACCUGUGCCUGAACCUGGCUUCCCAGUCUCUUCAUCACCCAAGUCACUUUUUAAAGAUGGGAGUUCAAGAGCUGUUUUCACCCUAAAGAGGUUUGCAGCAGGACUAGGGAAUGCCUUGAGGACUAAAGUGUCCAGAAUUUGAAAAGAGCACAUUUAUUCUCAUCUACUUCCAUCUUGUCCCUCUUGUUUGAGCUUCUGUCCUGACCUUCGUAAUUCAUAAUUUAGGCAGUGAGUUCCUGGAGCACUUUAUACCAUUCUCAUAGUUCAUACCUUACCCCUUCAACCUGGAAUUAGAAUUCGGUUAUCUGUUUAACUGCUUUGUUAAGACUGUACGGGAUGGGGGUGGGGUGGGCUGUUUGUGCAUUCUCCCAGAAGAUGCAGUUAAAACUUAACCUUAGAGCCCCUAAAUGGUAGUUGAAUUGGGUAAUUAAUUUUCUUUUUUUAUUCGUACAUGGGAAGCAUACCUGGAGAAGGAUUUGAAUUCAGUAAUUUUAGAGGCAUUGUGACAUUUCAGUGGAGGAAAUCUUUGGGAAAUUUUGGGGAGUGGCCCAAAUAGGGUGAAGUCACUGGCUGUUCCUGGGUCCUUCUGUCCCUGGCCUGGGUAAUUAAUCUUUGGUACUUUACCUAAUGUGUCCCAGGCACUUUGCUUAUAUGCAGAGUGAUUUUCCUAGUUUUCGCAGUCUUGUAGCUUUCUUUGCUCUCGGUUCCUAAGUCACCCCUGCAGCAGGUGCACCCAGCUGCUUCCCUUUGUGUUACUAUCCACACUGUUCCUGCUCCAUCUUGUCAUUUUGCCUCCACAAGCUUUCACUUCUUUUUCCUCUGUGCAUAAUUUGAGUCAUCCUUGGCUUCAUAGUACCUCUUCUUAUCCCAGCUAUUUUCUACACUUACUCAUCUCACAGAAAAUGCACGCCUGACCGUGUAGCCCACUUGCGUGUUCUCUCUGCCCUACUAGACUGUAAGCUCUCUGUGGGCAGGAUCUGUGUCAUCUGUGUUACCUCCCAUAGCACCUACCAAUAAAUACUUCUUGAAUGAA